AUGCAAUACAAAUUUAUCAUCACUUGUCUUUGCUUGGUUUUAUUCACAGUUUACCAAGUGAGGUCACAAGUAACCCUUUAGAAUACUGCUUCAAGGUGUACUACUACCUAGUAUUUCGAUUCUUCAACCUUCGAGUGCAAAAGCUGUCCAGAAAAUUUGCAGCCUGAUUCAAACAGGACUGGAUGUGAGUGCAAACCUGGGUAUUAUAUCGACUCAAACAGCUAAGAUAAGUACUUUCCAACUUGCCUCAAAUGUGAUGAUAGUGCAGGAGCUACUUAGGAUAAAAGUAGAUGCCUAGGAUGUACAGGCACUGCCACAUUCAAUGACAAUAUCGAUGUUAAGGAUUGCGUCUGCCCUCUUUACAACAGAAUUGUGGAGAAAGAUGCUCAAAAUAACUUCCUUCCAGCCAAGGAAUGUGCACCGUGCUUAUAAUCAGCAUACUCAGGACCUAAUAACAGACCUAUAUAUUCUUGUGAUGUCUGUCCAGCUGAAGGCCAGCUUUAUACCCCCACUACUAUUCCAUGGUCCUGUGCAUGUUUGACCUCAAAUUACACAAGCUCUUAUGGGAUAUGUCUUUUAAAUACAGAUGUUACAGCAGUAAGAACUAAUUUCCCACUUGAGAAUGCGAGAACAAUCAAUUAUGAUUACGUAGAAACAGGCAGUGAUAGCUUGGGUUAAGUUACUGUGGUCAUCUCUGAUACAUAUAAUUACUUGUAUUAUGACGCUGCAGUAGGAUGCUAAGAACUAGGAAACCCUAAGAAGUGUUAAGUACUAGCUAAUCUAUGUGUUCUAUAGAUGUACAAUGAAAGAACUAUUGUGUGUUCUCUAUUCAAGAGUAUAGUAGCAAAUCUUUCACCAACUCAGGCUAACUCAUUCUAUAAAGAUAGUGGAUGGAAAGUCGGUUUCCCAUGGCUCUAUUAUUUGAGAAACGCUAAUGAAGUAUUAACAGAAUAGAAGAGAGUCAAGUUUAGAGUUAGUUUUGGGUACGAGAAUCUAAAGAUCGGUAUAUUAAACAAAUUGAUUUAUAAGAUUGGAAAGUUUAAUAUGGAAGGUGAUUUCUUAGGGUUUGAUACAGUUACUGACUAACUGCAAGUGUGUGAGACAUCAACAGAUGAAGUAUAGAGAAUGAUGAACUUUGGAACAACAAUUGAAAACUCUUGCACUUUUGAUCUUAGUACUCUAACUUCUAGCUAAGCUUAUGAUCACCCAGAAAAUCAAAAUAUAUUUUACGAACUAUACAUUUAAGACUAUAAUGGAGAUCUUAUUGAUGUACCAGUUUUAAUCAGAAAUUUUUAAGAUGCAUAGGGCUAAAAACCUAAUGAGGAAUCAGUCUUAAAUUAAAACACUUGGAGAUUAGUGAGAAGAUUCUUUAUGUUUGAUACUAUCAGUGGUAUAGAAGGCACUGAUGGAUAUAAGAAGGGUUAGAUUUCAACGGUAGUGAGAUAUCCAAAAGAUUUGACAAUGAGAAUAAAGUUGGACCUAGACAGUGAAGAAAUGAUAUUUACACCUCUUCUCAUUAUUACUUACAGGGAAAGAUCAAGGACUAGAAUAGAAACUAAUUCCCUUGCUACAGUUAAAUUCACCUCUGAGUAUGCUAUGGAUAUGACCAACUUCUGGACAACCAUCGGUGGACUACUUAUAGGUCUUUUAGUAUUCUUUGGAAUUAUUGUGAUCACUUAAUUGGUCAUUUGGUAUUAAUUGCCCACUCUUUCAGAUGAUGUAAAUGCUAAAUGCAAAUAUGCUAUCGUUAAGUUCAUCAUUACUGGUCUAGAUGUCUAUUCAUAGCUGUUCUUUUGGUUUCUGGUUAUCGUUACAGGCUACUGGUUUGUCUUUUUCAAAUUACAAGAAAGAGUAUACGUUUUAUUGCCAACUAUUACAGGCUCAUCGGAUAAUAAUUACAUGCCAUUUAAUAUCUUAUUUGGAACAGUUUUAGGAACUAAGAUAAUCACUUUACUAUAUAAAAUUAUCUUUGAGCAAUGUAGUUUUGAUCUGUUUCUCGUUGAUUGGGAAAAGCCAAAGUUUUAGGAAAAGAGUUAAGGAGUCAAUGGAGUGAAUGCAUGGAGAUAACUUUUCCUUUUGAACGAAUUCAAUGAACUUUAAACUACCAAGCUAAUUAGUAUGGAAUUCACCCUUCUUUGCUAUGCAUUUUUCAUGGAGGGAGUAGGUUGGAGAUAUCUUUCAACUCAUGACCCUGAACUUAGGAACACUAGAGCAAAUUCUCCCGAGAAUUAUGUACUCAACUUUUUCGUGACUGCUUUUAUGAUGUAUGUCAUUGGAAUAGCUCAGUAUGUAUUCAGAUAUGGGAUUAAGUUUAGAAAGCCAUUAAAUAUUGAAGAAUUUACAGAUUUAUGCGCGAUGAGUAACAUAUCUGUUCUAAUGUUUGAUAACUAGUUUCAUGGAUACUAUAUUCAUGGAAGAUCUCCUUAUGGGUAAUCAGAGGUAUCUUCUGAAAACCUGAGGAAAUCUCUUGAAUAUGAAAUCACUGGCAAAGCUCAAAUGAGAGGUCUUACUGAGGAAUCACCAAAUUUGUAGACAUAUGAAAUCUAUAUGCCAAGAAAAAUGCUGAUCUAUUAUAAGGAUCUCUACUACAAAGAAAUCAAUCAAGAGAUCUUGAAUAUUAUGAACACUAAGACUAAUAGGUUUAACUCAGUUCAAUAGAUUCUAACCAGAGAAAAAGCUGUACCUAGUGGUUUGAAUGUGCAGGCUCUUGAGGAUCCUGGGCUAUUUAUGAAUAGACUCAUGCAAACUUAUGUUGAAAAAGUCAGAAUUGAACCAAAGCAAUAUAUAAAGAGUAGAGAUGCUAUUUCAAGAUGGCUCGGUCUAAUGCCUAAAAUAGAAAAUGCUGACGCCCCAACAAUGUUCAAGGAUCCCUGGAUGAAUUUCUCCACAUAUCUUCUGAGUGGCCUUGACUUUGACUUUGUAAUGCUUGAUGUGCUGAUAAUAUCUUUCAUCGACAUGGCAGGCCACAAAAAUUCAAAUUUGGAAUCGAGAAUAAUGCUUGGAAUACUAAUUGCCUAUCUUCUUGACAACUUCUUGAUUUUCCUCAGAACUCAUUAUGGCAGAAGAAACGUUGCUAAGCAUACUCUAGCUGAUGAGAGAUUCCUUAUUUGA